GUGCGGGAAGCUCGAGGCGCUGGCAGCUCACGAUAAUUUGCUGUGCAUCACGUUGUGAUUUUUGGAAAGUACCUUCCUCGCACUGCGGCUUCCAUCCUCGUGUUCCUGUCGCCAGCGCGCCUGCCCGUACUGCAUCGUGUGUGCCUCGUAUACCCCGCCGCUCCGCACAAAACUUAGACGCAUCAUGGGAAACAAGGAAGAGGCCAUCGCGCUCAAGAACAAGGGCAACGAUGCCUUCAAGGCUCAUGACUGGCCCACUGCGCUGGAUUUUUACACAAAGGCCAUUGAGACCUACGACAAGGAGCCUUCGUUCUACACCAAUCGUGCGCAGGCCAACCUGAAAGUUGAAGCAUAUGGCUUUGCAGUCGCAGAUGCAGACAAGGCAAUCGAGCUCGACCCCAACAAUGUCAAGGUAUGGCACACAUGGUGAUUGGUCAGGUAAAGGCUCAUUGUACAUCCAGGCAUACUACCGCCGCGCCUCGGCCAAUACCCUCAUCCUGAAGCACCGUGAUGCUCUGAGGGACUGGAAACUCGUGGUCAAGAAAGCGCCCAACGAUGCGACCGCGAAGCUGCGCAUGGCAGAGUGCGAGAAGAUUAUCAAGCGCGACGCCUUCCUCAAGGCUAUUGAGGUCGAGGAUGCACCGUCAGUGGCAGAAGGCCUUGACAUUGAGAACAUGAUUUUGGAGAGUGGCUAUGACGGUGCAAAGCUGGGCGACAAGAUGACACUCGAGUUCAUUGAGGACAUGAUGGAGAGGUUCAAGAAUGGAAAGAAGAUCGCCAAGAAGUAUGCUUACCAAAUCAUCAUCGCGGUCAUGGAGAUCUCCAAGAAGGAGCCGACAAUGAUCGAGUACGAUGUCGAGGAAGGCCACGAGGUCACCGUCUGCGGUGACACACAUGGUCAAUUCUUCGAUCUCAUGAACAUCUUCAAGCUCGCCGGCAAGCCUUCAGAGAAGCACUCCUUCCUUUUCAACGGUGACUUCGUCGACCGAGGAUCCUGGUCUACCGAGAUCGCCCUCCUUCUGUACGCCUACAAGUGGUUGUACCCCGACAAGUUCUUCCUGAACCGCGGAAACCACGAGACCGACGACAUGAACCGAAUGUACGGUUUCGAGGGCGAAUGCAGAGCUAAGUACACCGAGCGCAUCUUCAAGCUGUUCUCCGAGUCCUUCUCUCUGCUGCCUCUCGCUACGCUCAUCGGCAAGAAGUACUUUGUCCUCCACGGUGGUUUGUUCUCGGACGAUAAGAUCACGCUGGACGAUGUCAGGAAGCUUGACCGAUUCAAGCAGAGACAACCUGGUCAAUCUGGCCUCAUGAUGGAGAUGCUCUGGACCGAUCCUCAGACCGCCCCCGGACGUGGACCCAGCAAACGUGGUGUUGGUCUCCAGUUCGGACCUGACAUCACCAAGCGCUUCUGCGAGAACAACGGCCUCGAGGCCAUCAUCCGAUCGCACGAGGUCCGCAUGGAGGGUUACGAGGUUGAGCAUGAUGGACGCUGUAUUACCGUCUUCUCUGCACCCAAUUACUGCGACAGCACAAGCAACAAGGGCGCCUUUAUCAAGAUUGGCCCAGACUACAAGCUCAGAUACACACAGUUCGACGCCGUACCGCAUCCCAACAUCAAGCCCAUGGCAUACGCCUCAAAUGGCAUGCAGGGUCUGAUGUAAGCUGCAUUGCAUGGUUUCAGGUCGGAAUUGAGUUCAAUAAUUGUUCGCUUCAUUGUAGCGAUGCAUAGUCUGGUGUUCUUUGGCGCAUCGGCAUAUCACGGGUCGAUUGGGGCUCAGGGUGGUCGGACGGUGUACGGCGAGUGAUAACACUGUAUGUAUAGACAUCUGGAUAAACAGGUCGAAAUAUGCUCAGCUACACAUAGAAUCAAGAGAAGUCUCGUGAAACAAUCAAUCAAUCAAUCAAUCAAUCAAUCAAUCAAUCAAUCAAUCAAUCAAUCAAUCAAUCAAUCAAUCA